AUACUUAAUAGUAAAUGAUUUUGCAGAAAUAUUUUUAGAAUCCCUCGCUACGCUCAUAUCCAAUUUUGUUGAAAUUCAAUAAAUCAACUGAAAUUUCUAAUAGGCCAGAGACUAGAGAAAUAUCGAAAAAUCUAAGCAAAUAUCAUGAAAAAACCUAAAUCAUAAAUAUCCCAGUACAUCGGCGAUUCCCUACACAAUUUUUACAACUUUUCCCCUCGUCUUAAUUUCCACCAAUAACAAAAGCACAAUUUUGAAUUACAAAUGGUUUCUAGAUGGAAUAACUGUGUGACAGCACCUGUCAGCAGUUUUUUGGAGUUAACCCGCGGCAAAACUUGACAGCUGUUCUCACCAAAAAUUACACUAACUUUCGAUAACAAUUAACUAUGAUCUCAUGAAAUUAUCUUGUCGAAUACCUACCAUUCGGUUUUAUAAUUUUUCCUGUGAAAUAAAUUAGAUGCCCUAUGAUAUUACGAGUUGUUUCCGCUUUGGUAAAUCAAGAUUGUCGACAUGGUCUUUAAUAAAAACGUUUGAGGAGGAAAGUUUUUUUCGAUGAAGCAAGUGGAAACGGCAUCGACUUGGAUGGAAUAAAAAGAUUCAAAAUCUUUAAUGUAAUAUGUGAUGAUCUUUCCCUAGGCCUAAGAACAAGAAUUGAAUGUUACGGAGAAGUAACAUGAACGUUAACCCAAAUGAGUUGUUAUGGAAAUAUGUGCAGAAAAUUCAAAAUAAUAAUCCUUCAUGCCAUAUCUCACUUUGAUUCAUUUCAAUGCAAUAUUUUUACUUUCAUCUUUUCAAAUUUCAGGUUCCGAACCAUCAACGUCUCAACAGCAGCCAACGUCUCAACAGCAGACAGAGUCCAUUACGCCUCGUAAACGUUAUGAAGAGCGUAAUGAUCGUAGACGUUAUACUCCUGAAGGAUCUGAAUAUCUCAGUCAGAGGUUGAGAAAUUUAAGACGUGCAAGCCGAAGAUCAAAUAGAAACCUCCUCCAAACUCUUGUGAAAAUUGCCCAGGAAUCUAACCUUGGAGAGGAUAAUUUAUGCUGGGAUAUGACUACUGCCUAUGUUUGUAGUCCGACGUGUGUCGUGCAUGGCAAAAGUAGGCAAGAAAUGAGAUUCGAAAAUCAGAGAAGAGCAUUUGUUCUGGAAAUGAGAAAACGCAGAGAAGACAGAGCUAGAAGAGCCGCAGCCGCAAGAAGAUUUGCCGAGGACUGCGAUGAAAUAGAACGAAUGCUGGAAAACCUGUCAAUCAGUAGCAACAUUGCUGGUAUAACAAGUAAACUGAAUUCUUUCAAAUUUAGCGAAGAAUGAAAUUAUCUUCGUUAAACAUUGUCAAUGUCAGCCGUCCGGAAGAAUAGGAAGAUCGGUUGCUACACUGCAUUUGUCCUCCCUGUAGGCAAGGCCGCCGCCAGACAUUUUGGCGCCCCCGCAAAAUAAAAUUUCGGCGCCCUUCUUUAUAGGUAAUACUCAAUAAAAAAGAACCUAUUUUUGGAUAUUGUAAGAAUAUUGUAGAUUUGGUUUUGAACAUGCACCGGUUCUUCGAUUUCCUCAGUUGAAUAUGGAUCUACAGCGACAAAAUAGGAGAUUUGAUGAAGUUUGUUUGAGGUUGCAAACCGUAAGAUUGGAAGAUACAGACAUGAUGGAUACCGAAUAGAUUAAUUAUUUCAAUUCAAUUCAAUUUUAUUCAAUGAAUGACCAAGCAGCUAGAAGCUCGAAAAAAAUUAUUGAAUUGAAAAGGUCUACUAUUAUUAUAUAUUAUAUUUAUUUGUAAAUAAUUCAUAUUUAGGUGCAAGGGUAUGUUCCCUAUAUUAUUAUGUGCUUGUGAUACUGUUAUGUAUGUGUAUUAUAAAUAAAUACAAAACCUAGACAUUUUAUGUGUUUUUUUUGUUAGGUAUAUUGUGAAACCUCACAGUAUCGAACGCAUUUUAAGAAACUGUGAUAAAAAAAGCUUUAAAAUAUGGUUAAGAAGGAAACAACAUAUCUGUAAACUGCAAUGCAAAAAAAACGCACAGUGAGAGAAACAUUGAAUAUAAUUCAGCUCAGCAUACAGCUACUUGAUUUUACAUCAAAAAAGGGGAAACAAUUACAAAAGAAGUCGAGGACAGGUUCAAGACUAUGAUAUGGUCGAAAACAAAAAAUGUUAUGCUCUGGCUUACGUUGAGGGUUCAUCUGAGCAGAUCAGAAGAACUAUUUUAUCGCUUGGUUCGAUCUGAUAACACCAACAGAAAGCUUCUCACAAAGGUGAAGAGUACGUACAACUCCAAAAGAAUGGUUCAGUAAUGUGGUCUACAAAAUUGGUUGCAAGGAUUGUCAAUCUACAGCUAGAAGAGCCGCAGCCGCAAGAAGAUUUGCCGAGGACUGCGAUGAAAUGGAACGAAUGCUGGAAAACCUGUCAAUCAGUAGCAACAUUGCUGGUAUAACAAGUAAAUUGAAUUCUUUCAAAUUUAGCGAAGAAUGAAAUUAUCUUCACUAAACAUUGUCAAAGUCACGAAAAAAAUUAUUGAGUUGAAAAGGUCUACUAUUAUUAUAUAUUAUAUUUAUUUGUAAAUAUUUCAUAUUUAGG